CUUCCCAGCCCGGAACGCCGGAAGUGGCUUUUUCCCCGGGUGUUUCAUCUUCCUCCGACCUUCCAAGGUUGUCUUUCUUCUUUUUCCCUUCUUCUUCUUCUUCUUCUCUGUUGGCAUUUCCUUUUUUCACGAGCCUCACGAUGAUGAUACCCCGACGCUCCCCCGCCCCCCCUUUUUUAUCUCUUUCUCCGUCACAAAUCUUUGUUUCUUCGACAGAUGGACCUUGUGGAUGGAGAUGUCCCCAUCUCUUCCCCCUUCAUCUCCCUCUUUCGUGCUUUCCCGGGAUCGACCUUCCCUUUCGAUUCCCAUGGACGAGAAGAUUUUUUUCGGGGACCUGGGAAUUUUCCCCCCAACGAGGAAAACGAUGCGAGAGAAAUUCUGUACGAUUUAUGUAUCACUUCCCUCGAACAUGUAUAUGUAGAUGUAGAUUUAUGUCAUUUUCUCUAUGAGCACACACUGCUACAUACGAUACGAUCCCUAGACGUCCUCAUCCGCGUCGUUCGAUCAUCGCAUUCCCUCAGACGCGUGCUCCCUGUUCUCAUCCUUGUCCUUAUCCUGGUUCUUAUUCUUAUUUCUUGUUACGGCGCCACGACCGAUCUCCCAUCCCAUCCCAUCCUGUGGGUCCAUCUUCGAGAGAGAGACACGAAAAACAACUCGGGGGGGGGGCUUUUUUGUUGUCGCUGCUGAUGCUGUCGUCCUGGAGAGAUAGAUGGAGGAGAUCCUGUCGUGAAUUGGAGGGAGAGAAGUCAUCACCUUCCUUCCUUCCUUUAUUCAUUUAUUGGUUUAUUUCUUCCUUUCUUUCUUUCGUACCUUCUUGGUUGCAGGUUAUUUAUCCUCGCCUUUCUUUUCUUUUUUCCUCUGGUGUUCCACUUUCUUUGUUUUUUUUUUCCUCCCCGAGCCUAGGUGCGGCUUCAUUCGGAGCACGGAGGAGCGAACGGCUU